ACAUGACCGAGGUGAUAUACUGGAGGUCUGCUAGAUGUUCAAAGUGAAGACAUGGCUGCUCUAAGGACACUGCUCCCUCUGUUUCCAAAUGCUUCAGCCCGGAAGCUGCUCCUGCUGGUGCUUUUUAUCUUUGUUUUCUGGGUGGUCUUCAUGGCUUCAAAGGACCACACAGAGUUUUUGUUUCACUUUAACAACCCCAUCACUCUGAGACGAUGGCACAUCUUCAAGGGGUUCUUCCACCCGGAAGGGCUUCAGAACGCAUCAACCUCAUCAGCAGAGGCAGAGCUGAUGGUCCUGGAGAUCCUGGAGAAGUUAAACCAACAGAUCCCACCCAGACCCUUCACCGACCUUAGCACCACCACCAGCGCCAAAGAGAGCACCAUCACCAUCUUCAACCCCCGAGACACAUACUCUGUAGGCGACCAACUGGAUGUCCUGCUGGUAGCCAAGGACUACUCUGGUCGCAGGAAGGAAUAUGGUGGGGACUUCCUGAGGGCCAGGAUAUCCUCCCCAGCUCUGAAGGCUGGAGCUUCUGGAAAGGUGACAGACUUCAACAAUGGCACCUACCUGGUCAGCUUCACUCUGUUCUGGGAGGGCCCCGUCUCCCUGUCUAUUCUUCUCAUGCAUCCCAGUGAAGGGGUGUCAGCUCUCUGGAGGGCACGGAACCAAGGCUAUGAUAGGAUAAUCUUCACUGGCCAGUUUCUUAAUGGCACUGCCCCUGUCUUCACUAAAUGCGGCCUGACCUUAAACACAAAUGGUGAGCAGUGUCAGUACCUGGAUGCACGGGAUCAUGAAGCCUUCUACUGCUUGAAGCCUCCACACGUUCCCUGUGAGGCCCUGACCCAUAUGAAAACCAGUAAUAAUAAUGUCUCCUACCUCAGCCUUCAGGAACAGUUCCUUUUCCGGAGGGUCAACAUGGCGGUUGAAAUGGUGAAGAGUUUGACCAUCACAGUCUUGCCGGGUAACAGUAAGUCCCGGAAUGAAACGAAGAAAAAGAAAUGUCAAGUUGGAAUGAAGACUCCUUUCCCCAGUGGCUAUACUUUCAAAGGGAGGUGGAUCUCGACAUUUUGUGAACAGAAGGAGUUCAGUAACAUAAACGACAUAAAUAACUGCUUGACCAGAAAACUGAUUUACCUCAUGGGUGAUUCCACACUGCGCCAAUGGGUGUACUACUUAAGCAACGUUGUGAAAACCCUAACAUUCUUUGAUCAUCAUGGAACCGGGCUGUUUCAAACUCAUGUCCUCCUGGAUGUUAAACGACAUAUUUUGGUACAGUGGAAAAAACACGGCCAUCCCUUUGUUACUAAAAAGCUGUUCUCUGUGAAAGAUGACAACUAUAUCCCACGGGAAAUCGACCAGGUGGCGGGAGACAGCCGCACAGCGAUUGUCAUUACCUUCGGCCAACACUUCAGACCCUUCCCCAUCAACAUUUUCAUCCGUAGGGCCAUCAACAUCAGGAAGGCCAUAGAGAGACUGUUCUUACGAAGCCCGGAGACCAAGGUGAUAAUUAAGACUGAGAAUAUCAGAGAAGUAAAUGAGAAUGCAGAGAUAUUCAGUGACUUCCAUGGCAACAUUCAGAAUCUUAUUUUAAGGAACAUUUUCAGGGACCUUAAUGUGGGCAUUAUUGACGCUUGGGACAUGACGAUUGCAUAUCGCUGUGAGGAUGUCCAUCCAUCUACCAGUGUGGUUGAAAGUCAGGUUGCCAUGUUCUUAAACUACAUUUGCUAGAUGGUCUUAAGGUGCAGAAAACAUCUCUGGUCCUUCCUACGCCUCUUUCUCCAAUCUCAUAUGUACUGCAUAGAUAAUGUAAUCUAACUUAUGAAGAAAUGAAUAUUGAGGAUUGUAGUUAAAGGUACGUGACAGAAAAUUUAUCAUUCAAAACAUUUUUAAUCCUACAAUUCAAUGGUGCUAAAUGAAGUCCUUUGUCACACUAUCAUCAUUAAAUCCAUUUUUGAACAGUUUUCUUCAACCCAAAUAGAAAUAACAAAACCUAUUUAUUAAAUAACCA